CGCCACUGCCUCAUCCAGAUCUUCGGCAUCCUGGUAGAGUACGAGAUGGGAGCCGAGGGCCAGAGGACGCUGCUGGGACCGCUGCCUGACCCCCCCAAGGAAAAGGAGGAGGAGGAGGAGGAGGACGCGAAGGAGACGCCAUCUGACGGCCAAUCAGCCAAGGCUCAAGGGACACCAAAGACUGAGGAGGGAACGCUCGCAGCUGCAGCCGACGUUGAGAAAGAGGAAGCUGUUGUAAAAGAGGAAGUGAAGGAGGAGCAAGUGGAGACCCGCCCCCAACAGGCCAGCAAGUUCGACAAGCUGCCAAUCAUGGUGGAGGAGGAGGGGGAGGAGUGGGAGGAGCUGGAGAGGCGCUGGGCCCAGCUGAGCCAACCAAACGGCUUCAUCAGCGGCCUCCUGCACUGGAAAGCCGGGGGAGGAGACUCCACCGCUCACAUUCAGACGGGAGAUACGGUCGCCGCGGAGACGAGGAGGAGGAGGGGGAGAGGAGACGAGGGGGAAGGGGGAGUAGACGAGGAGAGAGGCGAGGAGACAACGCCUGAAACACAAAAAGGCUUCCUGUGGGAGGGGAGGGGUCCCAGCCCCCUGAGUGAGCUGGAGGAUGAGCCUCUCUGCUGGGACGAGGCUCCUCUGUCCACGGCUGAGUCGUGGCAGGACUCUCUGGCCAGACGCUGCCUGUGCGUCUCCAACAUCGUGCGCGGCCUCUCCUUCGUCCCCGGCAACGACGGCGAGUUGUCGCGGCACGCCGGCCUGGUGCUGAUCCUCGGCCGGCUGCUGCUGCUGCACCACCAACACACACCCAGGAAACGGACGCCGCCGAGCCUCCAGCGUACAGAGGAGUCGGGGCUGGCGUGCACCCGGGACGAGUGGCGCUGGGACUGCCUGGCCGCGCUGCGUGAGAACACACUGGUGACGCUGGCCAACAUGGCGGGCCAGCUGGACCUGUCGCUGUACCCAGAGAGCAUCUGCCUGCCGCUGCUGGACGGACUGCUGCACUGGAUGGUGUGCCCGUCGGCGUUGGCUCACGACCCGCUCUCCGCCACGGCUCUGUCGCCUCACAGACUGGCGUUGGAGUGCCUCUGCAAGCUGAGCAUCCAGGACGGCAACGUGGACCUGCUGCUCGCCACGCCGCCCUUCAGCCGCCAGCGGACGCUCUUCGCCACGCUGCUGCGCCUUGUGGGCGAGCGGCGAAGCCAGGUGUGUCGGGAGAUGGCAGUCGCCGUUCUGUCCAACUUAGCGCAGGGCGAUGCCGCAGCAGCGCGUGCCGUCGCGUUGCAGAAAGGCAGCGUGGGAACUCUGAUCGGCUUCCUGGAGGACGCCGUAGCCGCAGCGCAGUUCCAGCUCCAGCAGAGCACGCUGCACGCCAGCGAGCCACCCAGCGUCAACAUGAUGUGCCGUGCAGCCCGGGCGCUGCUCGCCAUGGCGAGGGCAGAGGACUGCCGGACGCAGUUCGUGCUGCACGAGAGCCGCCUGCUGGACGUCUCGCUGGCGCCCGCGCUCGAUGCGUCCGUGGCGGCCGUCAUGUGCGAAGUACUCUUUAAAAUCGGGCGCUCGUGACACGAACACGGCUCCGAUUCUAUUUUUUAUUUAAAGAACAGGAAUGUUUUUACGUACAAAUGAAUAUAUAGAGAGAAUAUAAAUAUAUCGGCUCCAUCCGCAGAAAUGUUUAUUUGGGAUUUUUAAGUAAUUUUAAUACAGAUGAUAAAACUAUUUAAUACUUGUAUUUUUAAUUUUUUUAAUUCUUUCGUCCGUUUGUUUAGUUUUAACCAAAGUGUGAAGGUCAAAGUCUCGGCUUCUUUCUGUUUCCUGGGGGGGGGGGGCGAGGUCAGAGGUAUUUAAACGGUGACACGUGUCGUAGAUAGGCGUCUUUAUUUUU